AUGAAACCUGGAAGCAGAGCAGAGUACAACGGCACCAGAGAAAGGGGAAAAAUGGAGGAGCACUGCUCAGAGAUGGUGGCGGCAAUGAACUCACGGCGGUGGGUCGUGGUGAUUAGAGGGAACAGAGAGGAGACAAAGCAGGGGCGAAGUGAGAAGGAGAAGGUGAGGAAGGGAGGAAGAGCGAGGGAAGAAGAAAGAGGGGGUGUGUGGUCGCGGGAUGCUCGCCGGCGACAAUGGAGGUUGCGGCAGCAACGGCAACGGAGUCGUGAGAAUGAGGGAGGGAGGGAAAAAGAGAAAGAAAGAGAGUUGGGGACGAGAAGAGAAGGUAACGCGGUGGUUAACGGAGGCAAAAUGUGGUCGCCGGACUGGAGGGUGUUGGGGGUCGAGGGGCUCGAAGGGUGGGGAUGGACGGAGAAGAAGAGGGAGAGACGUUGGGGAGGGGGUGAAGGAGUGCGUGACUGCGCUAGGGCUUUCGCGUCCCUGGGGGUUAGUAAAUUUUGA